UUGUGGAUGUGGAUUCUAACGUUUGCAUUCACGCCGUAAGGAAAUACUGUAUAUCUAGCCGUCGCGAAGAACAAGGGAGAUAUAGAUAGAUCUGUGGUGUAAGAGACGUCAAAUAGAUCACAGCAAAGCAGGAGAGGGAAUAAGCAGACUUGCCGAAGAAGAAAAGAUUCACAGAAACGUGAGAGCAAAGCGGCACUGGGAGUUUAACAUUUUAAAAGUUUGCCGGGAGUUUUUAAACUUGCGGGACACUGGAGAAAGCGGGGUUGCAGUCUCCGAUGCUCAGUGCAGAUGAAAGCCGAGGCAAAGCUGCUGCUCCAGCUCCUGCUACUUUGGGAAUUCUCCCCUUCUUUGCAAGAUUCCAGAUUACGUCUGGAUGAAUCUCCCCCUGAGAUAGUUGAACAUCCAACUGACCUUGCCGUGUUCCGGGGUGAGCCGGCUACCCUGAAUUGCCGGGCAGAGGGCAGGCCCCAGCCAGUUAUCGAGUGGUACAGGAAUGGCGAACGAGUGGAGACCAGCAAGGACGACCCUCAAUCCCAACGGACUCUCCUGCCUCACGGCUCCCUCUUCUUCUAUCAGCUGAACCAGGGGCGUAAAGGAAAAUCUGAUGAGGGCAUAUAUACAUGCGUGGCAAGAAACCAUCUGGGAUAUGCCUUGAGUAAGAAUGCAUCACUCUACGUGGCAUCCCUACGGGAUGAGUUUCGCCUACAGCCCAGAAAUGUAGUAGUGGCAGUAGGUGAGCAGGCUGAUAUGGAAUGUCUCCCACCCCGAGGUCACCCAGAGCCAACUGUCACAUGGAAGAAAGAUGGGGUACCUCUCAAUGAAACAGAUGACCAUUACAGAGUCAGUGUUGGCAAACUCACCAUUUUCUACACUCUCAAGAGUGAUUCGGGAGUGUAUGUGUGUGUAGCAACAAACAAAGUGGGACAGCGGGAGAGCAGGCCUGCCCGAAUGUCUGUUUUAGAAAAGCCAACCUUCAUUCAAAGGCCGAGUGAUGAAACAGUAACAGCUGGAAAUAGCGUCCAGUUUACCUGCAAAGCUCGAGGUGAUCCGAUGCCUCAAGUACGUUGGAAGAAGGAAAAUGGAGAGCUUCCCGUUGGGAGGUACGAGGUGAACUCUGAUAACACAAUAAGGAUUCAUUACACUGCUUUUAGCGAUGCCGGCCUCUACACCUGCCUGGCUGAGAAUUCGGUGGGUUCAUCUGCUGCCUCUGUCUCCCUUGUUGUACAAGAUGCUCCAGAUACUGGUCAGAGGGAGAGAAGGAAGGUUAUCCAACAGGAGUUGCUGGAUGUCCGUGUAUACCUACACAACAUUACCAUUCUUCCAUCAUCUUCACACGUCCGUCUCCACUGGAAGGUUAUCUCACCGUCUCAGUACAUUGAGGGAUUUAACGUUUUGUUUCGUUCCCUGAUGCCCCUGAGCUCGGGCUGGAUGUUGCAACAGGUUGCCAACCCAGUGGAAGAGGAUACAGUGCUGGCCACUCUCAAGAGGGGCUACAAGUACGAGUUCAAGGUUCAAGCAUAUAAUAGAAAGUUUUGCAGUCCAGACAGUAACACAAGGCAUGGAAGGAUUCCAGAGGAAGUACCUGAUGCUCCACCUCACAGUGUUAUCAUCGCGACUACAGAGAGCAGGAAUGACAGCAUUUUGGUCAGCUGGAAGCCGCCUCCCCCCGAGUCCCACAACGGCAUCAUCAAAGGUUACAAGGUUUGGUGUUUGGGGAAUGACACACAGCAUCACAGAAAUUGGACAGUGAACAGCAGUACACACCAGCUGGAGAUCCCCACAAUGAAUUCUGGGAUUGAGUACCGUGUGCAGAUCGCAGCGAUCAAUGGUGCUGGAGUGGGAGUUCACACCGAACCACAAUACGUCUACCUAGACCCCUCAGGUCAGGAGACAUCAUCGGAGUCUUCGAUCUUUAGUCAGGUGCUGGAGUUCGUGAGGCGGCCGGUUUUCAUUGCAAGUGCUGGGAGUGUGAUCUGGGUCAUCCUGAUGGUGCUCAGUGUGUGCUUGUACUGUCGCCGUACCAGACGGGGUCACAUCCAGGAGAAACACAAGCUGAGCAAAAGCAUGUUCCGGCUGGCUAAUGAAGACAUUAUCAUCAAGCACAGGAUGAACCUCAUUGAUUCUCCUUGGCUGUCAAACUCUUGGAAAUCAAACAGCUGCUCCAAGAACCUCAGUGCCAGCAGUACCCGUCCUCUCUGGCUGCACAGCUGGGAGAAUCAGACAUACCGAGAAAUGGGUUCUUCAUUUGAGAAGACUCCAGUUUUGAGAGUCCAAGGCCCCACUCUGUUGUCUGACAACAGCCUGAAUGGGACGUUCAGCACCGAUAUUAAAGGGAAAGAUCUGAAAACGUUCAGCACUCCGCAGCACUCCACCAUUUCCAACUGCAGUGUCCAGAUGACUCCAGACCAGAGCCCUUUGCCGUUGCUGAAGAACAACAUAAAUAGAAACAACAUCAACAGCUUUGGUCAGGAUGUUACAAAGUUACCGCAGAAAAUGCUACCCUACCUGCAUCCAUAUGAAGAAUUCUGGGAUAAAAACUGUAAUAAAGGAAAUAUUGGGCCUGUAAUAGCUAUUUGCCGCAACCCAGCCACAAAGAAUAUGCCAGGUGCCAUCUCUAGCCCAGAAAACACUCGUAAAGGUGAUGGGAAGCCAGUGUUGAAGACUUUCUGUUCCCCAAAGGCUCAGCAUCAUGGUUUCGGACUAAAACUUGUUGACGCUCUUCCUCCUCCUCCCCCUCGCCCUGUAGAGGAACCAGGAGAGGUCCAGGGCACAGAGGAAAGGCGAAGCAAAUCUGCAAAGACUUCUGAAUCAAAAAGGGUCUCACCAAGAAGAACGAGGAAGGACUGCUGCUCUUUUUCAGGAGACAAGUUGUCAACUCACACCACGUGUUACAGCCAUCAGUCCACUGCCACCCUCCCCCUGUCUACGAACAAUGCUGAGAAGGGUCUCCGUCCAGAACAAGUAGCUCAUUAUCUGGAGCUGACAGGCGAGAGCAACCAAAGGCACUUUACAGACAAUGUGUCCACUUUUGAAAGACCUUUCUCACCUCCCCAUACAUACGGGUACAUCUGCGGGCCACAACUCUCUGACCUGGAAACAGACACUGUGGACUAUGACGACGAUGAUGAUGACCUGGACAUGGAGGUUGCCCGCGUGAACUUGCGCCGAUAUUUUCACAGGUCCUGCCACAGCCCAACUUCCAGCCUCAGCGAGUGCGAGAGCUCCCUGGCGGGGUCUUUGGCCAACGGCUGGGGCUCAGUGUCUGAGGACAAUUUCACCAGUGCCCGUUGCAGCAUGGUCAGCUCAUCUGAUGGCUCCUUCCUCAUGGACGCCAACUUUGCUCAGGCACUGGCUGUGGCAGUAGACAGCUUCUGCUUUGGGCUGGCACAGCCGGAGAAGGAAACUCCUUACACAGCACUCUCUUCAUCCUCCUUCCUGCCGACUACUUUCCCUGAUGCUGUCUCCCACAAUCCAACAGAAGGAUCAGAGGUCAUGAGUGUGUGCCCGGAAUCUGACCCUGCUCUCGUUUGGGACUGGAAUCUGUCUUGGGCAGAUGAACUAGAAGGCAAAAUCUCACAGAAGGGUGAAAUUAAAAGGAGGAACCAGAUGGCUCUCGGAAAAGACCUCAACAAACCCUUCAGGAAUCUCUCAGACGAACAGCAGCAGGACAAGUACAUCACUGAUGUGUACAGCUCCGGAUUGGAGAUGCAGGUGAACCCUACCCUCAGUGCGGUACAUGUGUCCUUUGCAACGGUUGGAGCCCCGGUACACAAGAGUUUUGCAGUUAGGAGGAAGGUGGACAAAGUUGGGCUGAUGAACAUUCCAGUGGAUGCCAAUGGUGUCAGCAUGGUGAAAGCUUAAGGAGAUGCACAACUGAAUAUCCUACGGAUGUGGCCCAUCCCUGUACAUACAGAAAUCUAAGGAGCCAGAUCCAUGAGGAAGUGAAGGAUGUUUAUGGGGUGCAGACACUACACUGGUGAUUGGUGUCCUGCAUGCUCUACCAAGUCAUCUGCAUUCAGUUUGGUCAAAGCUACACAUGUCCAAUGUGUAGUGCAUGUAGCUUUGAUAGGAAGCUCGUUAGUUUGGAUUCAUGAAGUGCUGGGAAGGUUUGUCUACGCUUCCCAUACCUUUGACAUCUAGAGCAGAGAAACAAACCAGACAGCAUGCUUACAGCCUGAUGUUAGCAACCAAUGACUGAAAAAUGGGUGGAUAUUGGCUUGUAGAUUGUAUAGAUAGGCACCUGAGGCUGAAUGGGGAAAAUGGGGUUUAACUCAAAAGCCAGGCUGUUGUUCUUGGGGCAUUGGAGUAUGUGUACAUUGAAAUCCACAAAUAUACACCAGCUUUUAAUUUAUCUCUUUACUAAUUAAUCUAACAGAUGUAUUUAAAUAAAAUUGAUUCUGAAAACUGAUAUCGAGCGGCGAUCAAAACAACGUACAUCAUGGAGGCCUAAAACAUUGGUGACCAAGUUCAGUGAAGACAACUCGCCCAUGUCUAUUGCCCAUUACUGGAGAGACAUAGAAACAGAUCAAAACAUAUGUAUUGAUUGGCUUGAGAAUUUUCACUUGGUAUACUUAAAGGGCCAUUUUCUCGAAAGAUCUAGUAUUGACAAUAUGUUACUUCAUUCUGAUAUAAAUCUAACUGUACUUAUCACUUUCAAUAUGAACAAACAGCAUUAA